CGAGGACAAAUCAUUGAGAAUCAAGGUCGAGGACAGAUCAUUGAGAAUCAAGGUCGAGGACGGAUCAUUGUGAAUCAAGGUCGAGGGCAGAUCAUUGAGAAUCAAGGUCGAGGCCAGAUCAUUGAAAAUCAAGGUCGAGGACAGAUCAUUGAAAAUCAAGGUCGAGGACAAAUCAUUGAGAAUCAAGGUCGAGGGCAGAUCAUUGAGAAUCAAGGUCGAGGACAGAUCAUUGUGAAUCAAGGUCGAGGACAGAUCACUGCGAAUCAAGAUCGUGGACAGAUCAUU